UGACAGAGCAAGUUCUGGAGAUAAUUGGCCACCUCUUCUUUCUCAUGGCACCAGGCAAACUCAGAAACCAAGUGAACGAGUUAAUCCGAUGGUUAAUGACUUUGAUAUCUGCAAAAGUGAAGCCUUGCUACAUUUCUCAGUGUGUUUGCCAGUUGGUGGAUGCUCUGGCUCUCAGCCGCUGCGGAGGUGCAAACUUGCAAUCCCAGCUGGAAAAUAUUAUAGGCGUGCUGUUCGUGCAGCUGAGUGAAAAUGUCAACAACUCAGAUCCUUACUCCAUACAGAACCACAGCCCCGCCCUGAGGACUUUCUACUUCCUGACCAAGUUAUACAGUGAUCAGGUGGUAUUCCUAAUACGAAAGACCAUGGAAUCCAAUGAUCCAAUCAAGAUAGUACCAGCCCUUCAAGUCUUCAUGGAUGUGUUCCAGGAUGUGUCCCAGACAGAGAAUCUGAAGAGUGAGGUGAUGCACUCAGUCGUUGCCGUGAUUCAGGAGGAUCUCAAACCAGAUGAAGAGGACAUCCAACUAAUGAGUUCCAAAAUCCUACAGAAGAUGUUAUCGCUGAAGCCCUACAGAGAGAAGCAGGUUGGUGUAAGCUCCCUAAAGCUACUCUAUGCCCUGCAUCCGAUCACCUCCCUGCACCCUGUUAUCAACUCUGACAUGGGCCAGCUGUGGAAGAAGAUGAUCCCUCAGAUGUUGAACAUACUAGCUGGUCACACUAAGGAGGACCUUAAUCAGAAGGAGUGGGAAGACAGGCUGCUCCAGUUUUCAAGUCGGUCACUAGUAGCCAUCAAUGAUGACAACUGGCUCGAGCAACUCAUGGAAGUCAUCUUGGAGAGGAUAAACGAUUUCAGCAAUGAAGACGAGGAGAAGGCUUUCCUAUAUAAAUUCUUCGGCUGCACCCUGCUGACCUCGAGGGAUGUGAAACUGGUCAAGAAGAUGCUCUCCUCCGCCCACAAACUGCCCACGAGGAGCUGCAGGAGAGGGAGGGUAUGAACCUGAAGCUGGAUUAUCUGAACGCCCUGACCAAGCUGACAAACAUCCUGAGCAGCCAGCCCCUGGCCUUUCAAUUCAAGUUCCCUCAGAAACUGGAAAUUGUAACCUUCAUGGUGCUCUUUAUUCCCGAGUCUGUCCUCAUCUCUUAUUUUCUACUUCUGCUUUUAGCAUAAGAGGCCCCAGGCAAUAGUAGACAUUUACUAGACAACGUCUGCCACUUCCUUUUGCCAAGAGUUUUUGGGUGGGAUUUUCCAAACACCUGGCAGAGACUGCCUCUCCCCUCUCCACAGGCACUUGCUGUUGCUUCUUGCCCAGGCUUCCUUCUGCUUUCAGGGCUGUCCCCGACUAGGCACUUCCGUCUCUCUCACUGAUCCCCCAUUCCCUUAAGACAUCUGGGGAACCAAAGAGUAAUAUAUCAUCCCCAAGAUAUCAGUAUCCUUUCCUGUACUAGUCAUGCCUCCUCUCUUUCCCUUAGUUCUUUUCUUUCCAUCUUCCUGGCUCUUUUCACCUUUUCUUACUGUUUCCUCC